AUGCGUUCUUCCCCCCCGACCCCUGUAGAGGUGGGAGCAGCCGUGAGCCUUCUGAAGCCAAUUUUUUAUUGACCAUGGUGGUGAUGGCGCUAUGAUGGCCAGGGCAUGCCACCCGCAACGGCCGGCAUGUCAUGCGGGCGCUGAGACCAGCUGUCUCUACUUUUGCUGCUACUUGUGCUGCUAGUGGUGCUACUACUACUUUGUACUUCCGCUUCCGCUUGCCUGCUUCUGUGAUGGUCACCUGUGCCGCGUCCAUUGCAUUAGUGACCCCCGGUGCGCCCCCUGCUUGUCCAGACGAGUCGAGAAAAAAGGACGUUUGGCGUAAUGUGCUCUUGCGUUUGACAGCGAGGCUCUCAGCGAAUCGGAUUGCUGCGCCGCCCUUAGCCGACAGUUUAUUUGCUCCCAGUGUCUGAGAGCUUGGAUCCUCUUGCGUAGACCAGACGCGGCACGGCUAGACGCAGGCACUCUACGAUAAUACAAACAAACGCUAUCACCGGAAUUGUCCACGGCGGCAGCAGCCGGUAGAGAUGCCCGGGGGCUCCCUGCAUUCUGGUGCGGCUGUUGUGCUGUGCCGGUGGUGCUUUGUUGGGGAGGGGAAUUGGCAUCGACGCUGACGGCGUAUCCGGGCCCAGGGGCUACUUGGUACUCUGCUGUACGUACAUACAGUACUGUAUCUCAUGGCAAAUAGAAAUCAAAGACACACACAAAACAAAAAGUGACAGAGAGGGCAGAUGCAGUAGAUACAAGGCACAAAACCGCAAUCUAUCGGCUGCCAUUGGCCGGGCCUUGCGAUGCAACGUCCCUGGGCUGGCAGGAAACGCACGCAGGUUUACCAAAACAGCCAUCAUGUACGUACUGUCUAUUGGGCGGUGCAUGCCUAUUUGUGUUAAUGCAGCUGCUGGUGCUUCUGUUUCUGCUUCUUCGGCUGCACGCUUUAUGCAAGGACAGGACAGAGUGUACAGAUAAUGGAUGCCGCCCACCCUGCUGCUGCUGCAGACCACGCGACUAGUAGUGCGCUAUGGUAAUGCUAAUGCGAAUGCUAAUGCAAAAUACGGCUGCUACUGUAAUGCACAGGUCUAUUACUGGCGCUAACCAGCCGCAUCAGCAGCGCACUUGCACCAAGUUGGCCAAAUUACAGUAGCAGUCAUUAUUAGCCUGCACAAACCCGCACACUAAAUUAGCACCAGCACCAGCAAAUAACACAACUCAACUGCACCGCCGCGCGCCUUGUCAAUAUUUUGGUGGGGGCAAAAGAAUCCAUAGCCAAGCUCCCGCUGGGGCGCCUCCCGCACUUUGCGCUUCCAACGCCCGAGACUGCCGCCUUAGCUCCCCCCUCCACACACCCCAAAACUGCCCCUCCACCCAGGCGCUAAAUGUUCUGAAGCAUCUCGUGUCACCAGCCACCAAGCACCUACACCACCACCAAAACCCCAAGUGCUGCAGUAUUGCUGCAUCCCCGGCUCCCAAGCAGCCUUCCAGCUCACACGCAGUCGACCGUUACGGCACCCUGCAUUUGCCAGCAACCCCUUCGGCGCCGGCUUCCAGCAUAUCGUAACAGCGUCGUGGGCGAUUCAGGUCACCGCGCCACCCUCCCACUCCUGUGGGAGAGACAUUCUCCAAGACACGCUGCUGGUAGCUUCUAAACAAGGUGUUGCUCGUGUGUGUCGGCCUCUUCGCGGUCUUUGUUAUUCGUCUUGUUGCCUUUGAUCGGCAUCGUGCUUCUCCUCCUGCUUUUGGCGCUUCUCUGCACGGUUACAGACGUCAACUUAGCCUCCUCUCAGUACAGGCACACACACACGCACAGCGGCCAAGCUUCGCUAGCGGGCCCUACUGCCGACCACUCUAGGAGGUACCGCGCCUAUGCGAGGCGUAUCCAAUCAUCGUCCACCAAUCGAUCGCACACAGCGCAAACUUCUGAAACGACGCUCCGACUUGUCCACGACCGCCAUCGACGACCCUCACGACGACAAGUUGUAGCAGACAGCGAAAAACCCUGUCGACAACAUCAUCUUCUACCUGCAAGUGUCUGUUGCUGCGCUGCCUGGAUUCCGCAUCAGCAAAUGCACAGACGCACAUUGCGGUAGACCAACGAGCUUUGAGCAUGGGAAAGUCACCGCAGCCGACUGUGCUUCCUUUUUGAUUUUAAACAGCUCCAUAGCAAACGGAUUUUGCCGGUUAUACAACCAUACACGCCUUACUGGCUGAGGACAUCAUCAAAAUGGCAUACAACGCGCCCAGCGACGAGCAGCAGCGCCCGUAUCGAGGCAAUGCCGCACAGCCGCCAACGCCGCGAGGCUAUCAAGACAAUGGGCAGUCACAACAACCCUACAGCCCCCCAGAAAACUACGGAAACUACGGAAACGACUAUAACAACUCUCAAGGGCAUAUGCAAGGAGGGCAAGGAGACUACUUUGGCCAGCAUACCCAGCAGCCCUCUGGAGGCCGUGGGCCUCAAAACAGGUAUCCUCAAGGGCAUCCGCAAGGACGUGGCCAACCACCUCCAGGACCUGGUCCCCGAGGUCCGUCUUUGCAAGGAGGUCCUCCUCGUGGUGGAAUCUCGCCACCCCGCGGACGUGGGAUGCCUGGUCCAGGUGGCCGAGGAGGAAUGAGCCGUGGCGGAGGACCCGGACCUGGCCCCGGACCCGGACAUUACGGUCCAGGCAACGAGCGAUAUGAUGCUCGCCGCCCACCACCCCCUCAAGACCAAGGAGCCAUGCGACCACCACCGAACGCUGACCGACGACGCUCGCCUCCCAACCAAGGCGAUUACAUGGCAGAGAGGAUGGCAUCCAUGGACCUCAAUCGCCAACCUGACUCCCGCAGCUCUGGUAGCCAGCAACCUCAGGGAAGUUACGGCUAUGGUCCCUCUUCACACAACCAAAGUCCUCCUCAACAAGGUGGCCCAAGGCCUGCACCCGGAUACUCCCAGGAUGAUCAGAGCCAGGCAUACCCAACCCCAGGGCCACCAAGAGAUCACUUCCCACCUCCUACCAGAAGUGUUACAAUGCCAAUUACUCAGAAUGCCAGCCAUGAUGGAGGUGUGCUCUACAAUGGCCCUGCUGGCAAAACUGGCUUCUCAAAGCCGGCUCCCCCGCAGCAAGCAUACGAUGGACCUGCCAACAACAACUACGGGAACGCCCCUUACGACCAGUCAAACUCGUAUGCUUCUGACGUUUACGACUCUUAUUACGAUAAUUCUCACGACACAGGCUAUGACCAGUCCUCCCACCAACCACAGCCGAGCCAAUCGAGCGCAUACACGUACCCAGGCCCGAGCCAGCACAGUGCUCAUGAAUCGCAACAUUCCCAAGCUGGUGCCCACCAAGUGCCUCAAUUGAACGAUGCUCGAUCGAUGGCAGAGUAUAGGGAGCCUCAGUCUGCCGUCUUUGAGAUGGUCGGGGAUGCUCCAUCCAUACCCCCUAUGCCUCAACAGCAGCAGCAACAACAACAUGGGAAUGGCUAUGACGCGGGAUACAGUCAAGCACCCUCCUAUGGCAACAUGGCACCGCCAGUCCGCGGUCCCAGUGCUCCUCCAGCUACCAUGCGAGGCUCUGCUCCGGCGGGUUAUGGAAGCUAUCCCGGCAUCAACCGUCCUGGUACUUCGGUAUCUCAAAGAACAACAGCUUCAGCAGACUUUUCGCACCCCGUUCCUGUUCGCCCUGGUCAGAUGCCCAACUCAUUAGUGAACCCUAACAAUAGGCCACCUCCUGUUCGCAACUAUGGCGGUCUUCCCUCAACUCAACAGCAAGCACCCCAACCGUAUCAACAACAGCAGCCGCAGCAGCAAUAUCAGAAUCAGAACCAGGCUGUACCCCAGCAACAAAUGCAGCCAGCUCCAAACAACCAGGGAGGUACUCCACCAAAUGCAGAGCCUCCAGUGACUACCCAGGAAUUGGAGCAGCUGCGACUGCUGAUAAAGAAUAACCCCAACGAUCAGGAGGCAGCCUUGAAGCUCGCCAAACGGCUGAUAGAGGCAUCUACAGUUUUGGUAUCAAAUCUGCCAGAUCCCAGAGCACGUGCAAAGGCUUGUGAACGUUACCUGAUGGAUGCAUACAAGGUGUUGAAGAAGUUGGCAAAUGCUCAGAAUCAGGAAGCCAUGUUUCUGUUAGCAGAUAGUCUUGGACGAGGCUUAUUCGGUAAUGAGCCAGAUGGCAAAGAGGCAUUCACAUUGUACCAGUCCGCAGCGAAGCUAGGUCACGCCGGCGCGGCCUACAGAACCGCAGUGUGCUGCGAGAUUGGCAACGACGAAGGUGGAGGCACUCGCAAGGAUCCUCUCAAGGCUAUGCAAUGGUACAAGCGAGCUGCCACGCUGGGCGAUACCCCCGCCAUGUACAAAAUCGGCAUGAUUCUGCUCAAGGGCCAUCUUGGUCAGAACCGUAACCCCCGCGAAGCUGUCGGCUGGCUGAAGAGAGCUGCUGAGCGUGCUGACGCUGACAACCCUCACGCUCUUCACGAGCUCGGACUGCUUUUCGAGUCUGCAAGGCCUGACGACGCUAUUGUGCGAGAUGAAGCGUAUGCUCUUCGUCUAUUCCAGGAGGCAGCGGACCUGGGCUACAAAUUCUCGCAAUUCCGACUUGGCUGCGCGUAUGAAUAUGGUCUCAUGGGAUGCCCCAUAGAUCCUCGACUGUCCAUCGUUUGGUACUCUAAAGCAGCUAUGCAAGAAGAGCACCAGUCGGAGCUUGCACUGAGUGGUUGGUAUUUGACGGGCAGCGAUAACGUACUGGGCCAGAGCGAUACAGAAGCGUACCUCUGGGCUCGCAAAGCAGCGGUAGCUGGCCUACCCAAGGCAGAAUAUGCCAUGGGCUACUUUACGGAGGUGGGCAUUGGCAUUCCGCCCAAUUUGGAGGAUGCAAAGCGGUGGUAUUGGCGAGCAGCAGCACAAGAAUUUCCACGGGCUCGUGAACGACUAGAAGACCUCAAAAGAAUGGGCAAGAAUGUAGCCCCACGACCGCGCGAGCGGUUCUCACGCAGCCGUACGCAAGAAGGUGACUGCGUGAUCAUGUAAUGUACAACAACCACAAUACCAACAAUGAAGGAAGCGGGUCUAUAGAAGAGAAGAGACAAGAAGCAUGGGCAAGGCGUCGUUGGCAAUUAUAGAUUACUACUAGCGUGUAUACACAUUUAUUGUUUCUCGCUUCUCCACCUGCAAUGCUACCACCAGCGCUUCGUUUUGAGGCUAUGAUAUAGAACAAUGUACUGUUACAGCGAGACACAGCUAGACGAUACCUGACGGCAAGAAGUGAAGGACCUGACAACGAAAAAAAAAAGAAACUAUACAUUCUAUGCGCGAUAUCUUUAACUUUUGUGUCUACACAAUGUCUUACGUCACAGUGACAACAACAAUGUUGGACAGCAGCGUGAAAGAUGAAGAAGGGUCUAGGCUCUCGAAAAGAAUCAGCAGAUAGACGUUGCAUGCAUGUACAUGACCCUUUAGUGCCAGGGACUAGUGCGUUCCAUGCACGGGCCGGCGCAGCACAGCAAGCAGUGGCAGCAGCUAAUUCGCUAUUAUAUGGCAUUUAGCCAUUCUCUAUAAUUACAGCUAUAGGUACAACAGGCGCUGGCCGAUGGACGCAGUGUUACCUAGCGUCGUCCAAACAAGCCACCAAAGGAGAAGCCACUGCCGGUCGAGCCGCCGCCUCUGCCGCCGUGUCUUUUGGCCUCGUUGCGAAUCCACUCAAUCAGAAACUCUCUAUCGGCGAGCUUCUUGCCAUCUGUGAUCCUGGUGGCAGACUGAGGCUCGCCCGCGUCGAAGCUGAGCAGCGUGGGUAUCGCCGUGAUCAUGUACGUCAUGGCCAGCGAGUCGGCGCCACCGCCCAUGAUGUCGGGGCUAUCAAACUCUACGGGGGCAAAGCAGACGCCGCCCUCUGCCUCGCCAAUCCCGGAUUCCACGAGAGACUUGAUUAGGGGCUCUACGGUGCGGCAUGUCGAGCAGUACGAGGCUGUCCAGAGAGUGAGCAGCGGCGUGCGCGCCGACGAUGAGUGCAGAAGAUAAGUCUGGAAGGAGUCUGGAUUACGGAUGCUGCGAAUACAUUAGAACAGAAGAAAAGCCCGUAUGGGGAAUAACGCACGGGUCAAAGACCAUGUUCUUGGCACGGCGCGCAGCUGAUGUCGAUAGCGGCGCCUGGUGGCAUCGCCGGGUCUGUAGCACCACGGCGCUGGCCUUGCGAGCGGUGGCGGAGACAAGCGUGCCGGAGGGCUUUGCGAGAAUGCGGGGGCCAAGCAUUGUGAUGAUGCGGCGUAUAAACGAAAUAUGCAAUAUACGACGAAUUGAGUGUCUGAUGGGCGGUGUGGUAGCCAAAGGAGAAACGUGGUGCAGCAGGCGAAAUGGCGCAAUUCCCAGGGCGUGAAGUGAUUAAACUGUAGUGCCGCUUGACCCGGGCAGAGGGUUCACAAGAUUUGCUGCGGUAAAAUUGGAUGCAAAUUGGGCGUUGACGCAAAAUUGGGCUGCAAUUCGAUUCCAGAGCCUGUGGUUGUUUUGUUUUGUUUGGGUUUGUCUCGGGUCUAUCGGCCAGCUACGACGCCGCUAAGCUUUUGGGUGCGAGAGCCACUAGUUAGCGGGCCCUGUAGUGCGCUGUAAGUUGGCUGCAUGCACCCCGCAUGGACGACUACUGGAGAUGACCUCAUCAGGGUCUAGAGCCGCUACAAGGAGACGCGCCCGCAGUACCAUUCGGGAAGCUAGCGAAAGGAGCUUUCACCAAAAAGAGAUGAAAACCAAUAGCGUGCUGCAGUUAGUAGCCAACCAGAUGUCAGCAUAAGCCAGGUCGCCAACAGCGCCUGUAGAAUAAAUAAAGAAGCAGUAUGCCAGCUCACACAGGGCCGCAUAGACACCUCACAUACACUGUACGAACGACUCGCAAAUUAUACGGCGCCCUUUGUGUCUUUUCAGGUGAUGACAAUGACGUUGGUGGCUCACAGCCAACAGCCAUAGG